UAGUUGAAAAUCACUUCCUGUUUCCUGCUCUGCGCUCGUUUUGACAGUUCAUUGCAGUUUUUUUCUAUUAAAUUUGAUCAAAUGGCGUCUGUUGGUGCUGAAAACAAGUUUCUUACACGAAGGAGAAGAGAAGGCGGAGAGGAUAAUGAUGCUGUAGACGUGAAGAAGAACAGAAAUGUGCCCAGCCGGUUGGAGUCGUGUCUGGACCAACCCGUAGAUCUGAGCGUCCGUGAAGUCGUCAAGUUCAUGCCGUCGCCACUCUCAGCAAAACAUUACGAUGCCGACACCACCGAGCCAAUCAGCUGUGGUCUCCGUACGAUGGAAGAGCUGCUGUCGUGGAAACGAAGCGAAGCCAACCCCUUCAACGUAGCGGUCGUCCCGUUGGCGCCUCGGGAUCCUCCUCUGGCCAGAUGUCCACGGAGGACCUUAGUGUCUCAUGACAUGAUGGGUGGCUACAUAGAUGACAGGUUUAUCCAGGGAACAAACGCAGAGACUCCAUAUUCCUUCUACCACUGGCAAUACAUCGAUAUUUUCAACUACUUCUCACACGUUCUGGUCACUAUUCCUCCCGUCGUAUGGACCAACGCUGCUCAUAAACACGGAGUCGUUGUUCUUGGGACUUUUAUCACAGAGUGGACCGAUGGAGCCGCCAUGUGUGAGGCUUUCCUUAAAGACGAGGAGUCGUACCGGGCGGUGGCUGAUAAACUGGUGCAGAUCAGUCACUGCUAUGGCUUCGAUGGCUGGCUUGUUAACAUAGAGAACGCCCUCAGCGAGGUAGCGGUGAAGAACACACCUUUGUUCCUGCGCUAUCUGACAGACCAGAUGCACGAGCGAGUGUCCGGCAGCCUGGUGGUGUGGUACGACAGCGUGAUCGAGAACGGACAGCUAAAAUGGCAGAAUGAACUCAACCAGUCCAACAGGAUGUUUUUCGAUGCUUGUGACGGUUUCUUCACCAACUACAACUGGACAGAGCAGAGCCUGGAGUUCAUGAAGGACUACUCUGGGGCCCAACGCCGCCAGGCCGACAUCUACGUCGGGGUGGACGUGUUUGCCAGAGGACAGGUGGUGGGAGGAAUGUUUGAGACGAAUAAGGCACUGGAACUCAUUCGGAAGCACAACUUCUCUACAGCCAUCUUUGCUCCAGGCUGGGUGUACGAGACCCACGAUGAUAAGAGCGAAUUCCGCAAGAAUCAGAACAAGUUUUGGGGUCUACUGUCGAACUACCUGUACGUCCACCGGCCGGCCUCACCUCUUCCCUUCAUCUCCUCCUUCUGCCAGGGCUUUGGGAAAGCCGUCUACUGGAGAGGACAGCCUGAGACGAAGGGGAGCUGGUUCAACCUGACUGCCCAGGAGAUCCAGCCGUUGUACUACCACCAGAACCUGGAGGCUGAGGGCUGGCUGAGGACCAGCGGCUGUCCGGAGGACGCCUGGAAUGGAGGCUGCUCGCUGCUGCUGGAUGGAGUCAUCCCUGCAACUCGCAUCACUCCGGUUUGUGCCAAGAUCUUCUCCCUACAAGUACCUCUGGCACUGAAAACCCUGGUGACCUUCAUCUUCAAGGCAUCUCCUGGCAUCACAGUCUCUCUGGAGCUGAAGACAACAGAUGCCAGUCAGUGCACGCACGUCGACGUCCAAGAAGUCAGCCUUACCAGUGUGUCUCCUGAAGUACUGGCUGAUGGACACCAGUUAGUGACUCAGAUGUCUCAGCUGUGUGGAAGCAGGAAUCCAGGUGGUUGGACGGUCAGGUGUUCUCAGGUGGAGCUUCACGGCUGCGUUCUUAGAGAAGUGUGUGUCCGGAUCCAGCGAGACGGAGAAGCUCAGGACAUGCCGUUCAGCUGCAGAGUCGGAGAAAUCAUGAUUCUGGAUACCGCCGGUCUGCAGGUGCCUCCGGAGCUGAUCCAGGGUUUGUGUAUCGACGACGUGGUUUGGCUCCGAGGUGCCGGUUCCUCGCCUCAGUCCUCUCCCAGCUUGCGCCUCAACGCCACCCUGCGCUGGGACUACCCGGUGGGACUGGUACGCCACUUCAGGGUGUACUGGCGCCGGCUGAGAGGACCCGACCCCCGGAUCCCUCCAGGUCAGCUGGUGGCGGUGGGCCAGGCCUAUUCUAACCUGUUCAGGGUGACGGAGCUGGUGGUGCCGGAGCCGCCCGCCCUGCUGGAGCUGGUGGUGGAGCCGGUCAUCAAGAAGGGCUUCCUGGUUCCUGAGAGCCACUGGGGGAGGAGAAGCCUCAGCUACACGGCGGACUUAACACAAUGAUUUUACACAAGUCGGUCCAGGGUGCUUCUCUGUGACUCUUUUAUCGGUGCUGCUGCAAUCAUGGCUCUGAAAUGAAACUCAGCGUUUGUUUGAGCCUCAAAAAGUUUGGAAGAUAGAUUCAGAGGCUUUCUAACAACUGUAGCCAGAGCUGAUCAAUCACUGAAUCUAGUGAAGCUACUGACCAAACGCUGUGAUCAAAAUGAUGCUAAUCUGCUUGAAUUAUUGUUUAUCAUGCUGUGUUUUUGCUCCUUCAGUCAAUCCAAAGCUUUCUACCAUAUCACAGAGUCUUCAUCAGGGCUACAGAUGCAACUCCAUGACAGCAGGACGGGUCGAUGCAGUUAAAAGGAACAGUCUGCAUUUUAGGAUCACCCCUAUUAACUUUCUAAAGAUGUGUGUAUGUAUGAGAAGGUCAGGAUUGUACGUCUGAAUUAUUUCCCCACAAUCCUUCUGUCGCCAUCUUCAAAUCUGACUCCAGAAGAACAUCUCUGGAAAGUUCUAGAAUGGGAGAUUGACAGCAUAAAUGUGCAGCUGAAGGCGGGUGAUGGUGACUCAGAAAAAUCUGCAGAAAUCAUGUCAGUGAUGUCAACAUGGAGCAGAAUCACUUCACCCCAUAGAAUCUACAGGUCCUACUCACUGUUAUUUUGGUUUCUAACAAGGUGCUCAGUAAGUGUAGACGAUAUUACAUAUACUGUAUGAAGUCAGUGGUAUUUUUUACACGUUGUUCAUCAUGUGUUUACUAUUUCUUAUUUCGAUUUUUGUUGAUUUAACAAGAAAGACGAGCAAAUAAAUGGUUUAAUUGAAGGAUAA